AUGUCGACCGGUCGCAAGGUCUUUCACUGUGCCGUGGACGAGACGGCCCUGACCACGAACAUCAGCGAGAUCAAAAAAUGGACUACCAACGGGGCCAUCGAUCUCAUCGUCCCCCUCUACACCCUCGAACGGCUGCACGCGUUGAAGCGGGCCGGAUCGCAAGUCUCUAUUAAUGCCCGUGAGGCAACCCGCUUCCUCGACCGAGUCACCUCCGGCAAGGAUCACAUCGCCCCCGAUCGCAUCGCUCUGCAGGGUCCGAACGAACAGUUCGAGCGCUGGGAGGAGGCUGAGAAGUUCUUUCUGCCGGAAUUCGAGGAGGAGCCUGAGGCCAUCGACGAUCCCGACCCAGCCACCACUAAUGGGGACCUGGAGCCACCCGAGUCCCACGAGGACAAGAACCCCGCAUCGGAUGAUCUGUCGCAGAUGCUGCUGAGCAAACUGAAUUUCAAGAAAGACACCGAGGCCGCGUCGAUUACUUCUGCUGGUACCCCGAGCGGCCCCGGUUCGCGCACUUCCUCCCGCAGCUCGCGAACCAGCCCGGAAUGCGCACAGCAUGAGUCAAAUGGCAAUAAGAAUGGCAAAUCGAAGCCCUCGCCUGGACACCAGCGCACCGCCUCCGGAUCCACCAUCCCGACUGCACCGCCCGUGCUUCGUCCGCUGCUCAGCGCAUUACUCUGGCGAUUGCACAGCGGGCCGGAUGCCGAGAACUCUGCCAAAAGCUGUAUUCUCGUCACAAAUGACCGCGCGACACAGGUGUGGGCGCAGAAGUUCGGCAUUGGUGUUAAGAACAUCCAACAGCUGCGCACGGCCAUCCAAUACGAAGAGCGCGAGUACAAGAACCGCUGCAAAUACGUCGAGAAGACUCAGACUCAAACAAUCACAGAACCCAAGACCCUUCUAUCUUACGAAGAAGAGAGCGACGAAGAUGAGCUGGUUUUCGUCCCGCGCGGCCGUGGCAAAGGUAACUCGCGUGGCGCUUCCCGGGGUGCGGCAGCGCGCAAAGCUGCCAAGCAGACUGCUGUGCCGCCCGCUGGUGAGAGUACUAUUGAAGUGCCCACGCAGCCGAUCGACCCGGAUUCAUUCAGUCGCUCGCUCGGCGGAGCUGCCAAGUCGUCUCCUCCAGUGGAUCUCAGCACCCAGAACGGCCCAGCCCGUGGUACUACCGGCGCUUCACGUCGUGCGUCGAAUGGCCGCGGCCGUGGGGGAACCUCUCGGGGUGCAUCGCGAGGCAACGGCCGCGGCCGGGGCGGCAAACUCUGGGUUCCUUGA